UUCGAGAAGCAGAUUUCGAGAGAGGCUCGAAAAUGGUGACUGGCUGGCGAAGGGCCUUCUGCACAUCCAUCACCAAAGACAGAAACUCAAAAGUGCUUAUUGAGAAGCAGCAGCAACAUUACAACAACGACAAUCAGCAGAGCCCCAGAAUCAACUCCAAAUUUGGAUUCUUUUCCAUCCCUUCAACCACACGCCUCCAAUCUCAAUCCCAAGCUCAAUCUGUAGUCUCCAGCCCCGGCCUCCGCUGCCGAACCACCGCCACCAACACCCCCACUUACUCGCUACCCAACUCCCCAAAACUCCAAUGCAACGUCUCCUCCGCCGCCACAACCCCCAAAAAAGCCAGCAGCUACAGCCCUAGACUGCUUUUCCACUUCCAGCGAUCCAACCCAUCGUCCCCAAAAUCCCCUUCCAGCUUCUCCCUCCUCAAGUCCACCCUACGCCUCUCCAAAAGUAGAUGCGGAAUCUGCUUACAGAGUGUGAAAAGCGGUCAGGGCACCGCCAUUUUUACGGCGGAGUGCUCCCAUUCCUUCCACUUCGCCUGCAUCUCCGCCCACGUCAAGAAGAACAGCCUCCUCCUGUGCCCCGUCUGCAGUACCGCCUGGAAGGAGCUGCCGUUAAUCUCCGUCCACAAACAACAAGCCCAACACAAACCGCCGCCCAUUUCAUCGCCCAAGAAGCCCAGAGACGUCAAGACUAAGCCUCUGAGAGUUUACAAUGACGAUGAGCCGCUUUCGUCCCCAACUUCCGGUUCCCGCUUCAACCCAAUACCAGAAGAGAACGACGACGAAAACGAGGCCGUUGAAUUCCAGGGUUUCUUUGUGAAUACGAGUUCCAAGCCUCAAUCGCGUUUUGCCUCGGCUGACCGGAAUGUUAAGAAUGUGGAGGUCAGUCUGUUGCCGGAAUCGGCGGUUGUGGCUGUCGGGAGGAGUUAUGAGACGCACGCGGUGGUUCUGAAGCUCAAAGCACCGCAAACCAAUGAGUCCAAGACGGCGUCUUUAGAGCGUCGAGCUCCGAUUGACUUGGUGACCGUGGUGGACGUGAGCGUAAGUGCGAGCAAUGCGAAGAUUCAGAUGAUGAAGCGAGCGAUGCGACUUGUCGUUUCGUCGCUCCGCGACACCGACCGUCUCUCAAUCGUCGCGUAUUCCUCCACUUCGAAGAGGCUGCUACCGCUCCGGCGAAUGACCUCUGCUGGUCGUCGUUCGGCGCGUCGGAUUGUGGACGCGCUCUGUGGCGUCGGCGAGGGGAUGUGUGUUAAUGACGCGCUCAAGAAGGCCGCGAAGGUGAUCCAAGACCGGCGCGAGAAAAACACCGUCGCGAGUAUCAUGCUUCUAUUGGAUGCCGUACAACCAGAAGCCACUCAGAAGCGAUCUUAUUCCCCCGUCGUGUCCUCCACGCGCCUCCCUCACCUCGACAUCCCCGUCCACACCAUCGCACUUGGGGAUGGUUGCGACGACGAGCUAACGAAGUGCGUCGGAGGCUUACUACGCGUCAUGGUCCAGGAUCUCAGUCUCCAACUUGGUUUCGUUUCGGGUUCAAGCCCGGCCGAGAUCGCCGCUGUGUAUUCACUCACGGGUCGGCCCGCUGCUCUAGGAUCCGGGUCGAUCCGACUCGGAGAUCUCUACGCCGGAGAGGAGCGAGAGUUGUUAGUCGAACUAAAAGUACCGGUUUCCGCCACCGGCGGGCCCCACUCAUCCCAGAACGUGAUGUCCGUGAGGUCCACACACAGGGACCCGUCGUCCAAUGAGCUUGUGUAUUCAAAAGAGCUGGUCCUCCUCGUACCUCGAUCACAGACCGUCCGAUCGUCAUCGUCGAACCCAAACAUCGAGCGGCUAAGGAACCUCCACGUGGCGGCAAGAGCGGUGGCGGAGUCGCGGAGGUUCGUGGAGAGGAGCAGCGACUUCUCGGGCGCGUACCACCUGCUAUCGUCGGCGCGUACGUUGCUCGUGCAGUCGAGCUCGGCAUCGGCGGAGGAGUUCCUCCGCGGCUUGGAGGGGGAGAUGGCGGAGCUUCAGCGGCGGCGGCAGAUUCAGCUGCUGGCGGAGGUUGAGGCGAAGCAAAGCAAGAAGGGAUGCAAUAAUGGACACGCGGAGGAGAAGCAAGAUCCGCUAACGCCGACGUCGGCUUGGCGCGCGGCUGAGAAAUUGGCUAAGGUGGCUACGAUGAGGAAGUCGAUGAACAGAGUAAGCGACUUACACGGCUUCGAAAAUGCCAGAUUUUAGUUUAAUUUAUUUUUGAUAUAUUUUGUAAGUGUAAUACAAAAAGGAAUAUAAUGAUAUUAAAAAUUAAAUGA